AUGGUCGAGCAGCGGGACACUGCCUCACAGGCAGAGCUUGUGACUGAGAACCUACAGGCCAGCAGUGCCGCAGCGAAGUUCGAGGUGUUCGGACAGACGCAGGAGGCCAUCAACGGAAGAGCCGCCAUGCUGGGCUUUGUGGCAGCAGUUGUGGCUGAGUUGCAGACUGGUCAGAGCGUGUGGAGCCAGCUGGCUGGCAAGUAUGUAGAGGGAGACCUCAAAGAGCACGCCCUGGGCCUGUCAUCUCUAGGCUUUGGUGCCAUUGUGGCUCUGCUCACCUACGCCAGCAUAGCACCCCAGUUCCAAGCAGGCACGCUGCAACCCGACUCGAGGUCAUUUGGGCCCUUCACCCCCUUCCUGGAAGCCUGGACUGGACGUGUUGCCAUGCUGGGCUUCUCUGGUCUGCUGCUGGUGGAGCUCAUUAAGGGCAACAACCCUGUCUUCUGA